CGCACAGUAGUGGCUAAACCACAGUCAACCCUUUUGCAAACCAGUCUCAAUUCCUUCAUCCUCAUCAUCCUCGCAUCCUAGCAGUUUUGCUAAAAGAGCUUUCAGAGUGCAUCACGUCUGUUGUAUCGACACAAGUGUGUUUUAGCUCUUGCGGAAGUAGAAAUUCGCAACCACAAACCAACAACAUAACAGAACGGACACCACGAGCUAACGUAAAUAUUACACAUUUGACAUUACACAUACCGAAUUGAUACCAGGAUUUCAAGAAACGUUGGGAAACAUGGGAAAAAUUCAGAAAGUCUUGGAGCCCUUGGCGAGUGAUCUUAUAGAGUGCAAAUGUUUGAAAAAUCUCGUCAUAUUCCUCGAGGAAAGAAAAGUUCUCAAGAACUCUGACAGGAAGAACUUCAUUGGGGCGAAUACAGACCUGGAAAUAUUGGAGCGACUGAUGACCGUUCUGAAGAAAAAGGACGAAUCUGCAUUGAAGGUGGUGGAAGAAUUCUUAAUGUCUGACGGACACUAUGCCCAACUUCGCGUCAAGUUUGCAGAGUCCUGGAUUAACGAGAAAAACAGGAGACGAAUCCUGAAACGGGCAAUUGGAGACUCAAUGAUGUUUUUGUGCAGCGUCCAACCAGCGUGAGACGAUCAUCUUCCUACCAGCGUGAGACGAUAAAGAAAGACUACAAGUUUUUUGCAACUCAUGUUUCCAGAAAUCUCGACACACAUUCUACCUUUCGCUCAAGAAUUUUAUUAAUGUGUUUAUUUACAAUUAUUAUUCAGCUAUAUAUUUAAGUUACUUUGUUCAUCUGUAAGUUUAACCGAGCUAUUUCAGUAUACUAUUUAUGUAUGUAUCAUAUUUCUUAAUUAAGAAGUGGAUGACUAUAUUUAUUUUCAAGAAACGAUAGUUAUAAUAUUCGACAUCAGCGCAGCCUAUAUAUUAAAUUCAUUUUCCUGCAAUUCUGAUAUUAUGAUUUUGGUCCUCUUUGUUGAAAACUCGCAUAAUUAUUUAACACAUGAAGAUUUUUAUUCCAAGAUGGUUGAAAAUAAAUUAUAAACAGGAGAGAA